AUGCGCUGCAGCACCAUCCUCGCUUUGACCUUGGCCACGGCCGCCUCCACCACACCCGUCUUCGCAUCUUUCGCCGAGUUCGAGCCCCGCGACGUGGACGUUGACUUGCAGUCUCGCGCUUCCUACCUUGGACACAACGGGGAGAUGCACCACUCCUCUGGCCGGCGCGUUUCCACCGGCGGAGUCGGUUCCCGCCCUCGAGAGCUGGUCGACCGUGCCUACCUUGAUCGCAGUGGGAAGGUGCACCACGUCGCCAACGGCGGCCGCGGCGGUGUCGGUUCUCGCCCGCGAGGAGAGCUGGUUGACCGUGCCUACCUUGAUCACAGCGGGAAGGUGCACCACGUCGCCAAUGGCGGCACCCACGGCGUCGGCUCCCGCCCUCGAGAGCUGGUUGACCGUGCCUACCUUGAUCGCAGUGGGAAGGUGCAUCACGUCGCGAAUGGCGGCCGCGGCGGAGUCGGCUCCCGCCCGCGAGAGCUGGUCGACCGUGCCUACCUUGAUCACAGUGGGAAGGUGCACCACGUCGCCAACGGCGGCACCCACGGCGUCGGCUCCCGCCCGCGAGAGCUAGUUGACCGUGCCUACCUUGGACACAACGGGGAGGUACACCAUACAUCUAACGGUGGCCACGGCGGCGUCGGCUCGCGCCCUCGAGAGCUGGUUGACCGUGCCUACCUUGAUCACAGUGGGAAGGUGCACCACGUCGCCAACGGCGGCACCCACGGCGUCGGCUCGCGCCCUCGAGAGCUGUUUGACCGUGAAUUCUUCGAUGGCUCGCUCGACCUGGAUUGAGCUCGACGUGUUGUAUGUAGAUUGAUUGACGCUCCUUAUGCAGCGCGAGGUGUAAAAUUUGUCCGCAUUGCUUUUCGUUG